AUGCCUGGGGCCUUCAGCAACAUCCGCAGGGAGGCCACCGGCUUCACCAGCCUAUCCCCCGGCCUCCCGCCGCACCUCCUCAUGCUGCCUCGUCGGUUCCGCCUCCCCCUCUUCCCGUGUAGUGAUGAGAAAAGGGCUUUGUCGAAUUGGCCCUGGAACACGGCUGAGGAUGCCGCAGUGGCCCGGCGGGACGCUCGCGGGCUACCCUCGCGGGCAGGCCUGGUGCCUGUCCUCUCUUUCGGGGACGACGAGCUCUUCCAGCAGUUCCCGAACCCUCCGGGCUCGUGGCUGCGGAGUGCGCAGGAGGCGCUGGGGCUGCAAAGGUCCCUGGCUGCUGGCCACGCCUUGGCCACGCCAGCCUCGCCCCCUUUGGCAACCGCCCAGGGCUUGAACCGCUGGGCUGGAAGGGCACCUUCCCAACCACCGCCCCUCGGGCGUCCGGUGCUGCCCGCCGGGGGUGGGGGGCCGAUCCCGGUACAGCGAAGCGCGCGGCCCAGCCGGGCGCAGGUGGACGCGCUGCACGCGCUUGACGUGGAGCGUCUCCCGGAGGGGCUCGAAGCGCACGAGGAGCGCUCGGGCAUCGCGGCCCACCCGCACCCCCUCCUCACCUAG